AGGGAAUCCAGAUGGGAAGAAGAGCAGAGGAGCCUGCAAGAGAAAGCAGCAUCUCGCAUGGAUGUGAGCCACACACUCUAUUCUGACGGCAAACAAGCGCACCAGAGGACCUGCGUCCAUGUUUUGAGAGGCAGUGUGUGUCCCAGUUCUACGCCACCUCCGGCUGGUCCCUCAUCAGAAGUCUCGCUGGACUCCAACCUGAACGUCCUCGUCCCUUACGUGCGGCCUGAAUUCACUGACAUCCAUAAGGCUCUCAUGUGGCGACGACUGGGCAUCAGAUCAACGCUGAAGAGAAAGUCUAGCUCCUGUGGAGUCUGUGAACUUGGGUGUGACCUUGAGCAUCAGGUCUCCUCAUAUCAUCGAGGACCCAAAUAUCCCAAAAGUCUGAGCGCAUCAGAGUCUCCCGAUUCCAAGACCUCUGAACCGGUUGUCAAGGAAACGACAUUGCAGAUCUUCUCGUCGGCUUCCAGCUCUGACACAACAACAGGAGAGAGUCAAGAGCUAGAACACCUGACAGAGAAGCAGGGAGAAUCAAAAACUCAGACGGAUGCUGUGAAGCCGUCUUCAGAAUGCACAGCAGGAUUGGCGGAGAAAGAUGGAGAUGUGGCGGUGCCUGCAGAAGAGUCGGAGAAAGAAAAAGCCCUUCGACUCCUGUACUGUUCCCUCUGUAAAGUCUCGGUCAACUCAGCCUCACAGCUCCAGGCUCACAACAGCGGUUCCAAGCAUAAAACCAUGCUGGAGGCCAUGAGCGGGGACGGCGCCAUCAAGUCUUUUCCCAGGUCAGGGGUCAAAGCAAAGCUGGCGGCCUCAUCCGAACCAUCAACUGGCCUCCAGAAUAAAACAUUCCAUUGUGAAAUCUGUGAUGUUCACGUCAACUCGGAGACUCAGCUCAAACAGCACAUCAGCAGCCGGAGGCACAAGGACAGAGCGGCAGGAAAACCAGCCAAGCCCAAAUUCAGCCACUACAGCACGCCACAACGCCAACAGAGUCUCACACAAGUUCUUCAAAUUCCAAGCAAGAGUCCGGACCAGAGCAAACCUUUGGCUGCCUGCUUCGUCCAGCAUCCACUCUCAGUCGCUGCUGCAGCAGCCAUGGUGUCACUGUCCCACUAUCCAGGCCGGCCGUCCUAUAGCGCCAACCCUGCCUUUCUCCAGGCUCCAUCACUCACCCCAACACUUGUCCACCCUUCCCCUGUACGCCUGUGCUCCACACACACUCCACUUCUGUUUCCCCACUACUGACUGACCCACCGUCUCCACAUCGGUGGGUUCGACUGAGAGACACUUGCUUGUUUGCCAGUCUAAAUAAGUAUUCAAUAAAAUAUCCAUGAGUCUUUAAUGACACUCUCAAUGGCUUUUGUUUUAUAUUCUGACCAAGCAUAAUACCUCUAGCUUUCUCUCUCACAGCUCCUUGGUGUGUUUGGCCCUCACCUCCCAUCUCUCGCCCUUCUCCUAGUCUGCUCUCAACAGGAGUCAGGAAUUCUCAAACUGUCCUCCAAGUUCCAUUCAGCACUCAGACGAAUUCAUCUCUAAUGUGCCCCGGGAUAUUUGACUCACAAAGCCCACUUUUAUGAACGGCUUUAGUGUAUU